UGUUUGUCUUCCACUUCCCACAUUACGGGACACAAUAUCACGGAGAGCUGGAGUAUAAAUAUAGCUUAGUUUAAAUUUGAGCGAUUAGUCCAAAACAAGUAAGCGAGAUGAUCAUUCCACACAUAAAAAUGUUGGUGAACAGUGCGGUCUUGGUGCUCUUUUUGAGCAUCACCUCGUCGGAUAUACUAUUAAACAAAUCGAGGAGGGCGAGGACUAUACCUUACAACUGUAUCGAGGCAGUGCGCGCCGCUGGUUCAAAGGCCAAAAGUGGCAUCUACCAAAUACAAUUACCGUUAGAGGGCUGGACGCAUCGACCCUUCUACGUUUACUGCCUACUUGAUGGCAACGGUGGUGACCCUUGGUUGUUGCUACAGCGUAGGCAAGAUAAAGACAUCAACUUCUAUCGCAACUGGACUGAUUACAAGAUUGGCUUUGGCAAUUUGGAAACAAGCUUCUUCAUUGGUCUGGACUUGCUACAUGCGCUCACGCAGGUGCAAUUUAAUGAGCUGCAAAUCGAAUUGCAUGAUUUCAACGAUACCGUUAUGUACGCUAACUACGAUAGUUUCGCUGUGGGUGACGAGUAUGAAAAAUAUGCAUUGAAUAUUGUGGGAAAAUACUCUGGAAGCGCGGGCGAUGGUGCUUUCCACAAUCACAGGGGCCAAAGUUUCUCUACAUACGAUCGGGAUAACGACCGUUGGUGGGAUGGCAAUUGUGCUGGAAAGUAUAAAGGGGGCUGGUGGUACAACACCUGCCACUGGAGUUGCCUAAAUGGCGAGUAUAUUAUUGGUACUAACAACGAAGAAGGGAAAGGCAUCAUAUGGAAAACAUGGCACGGUGCCUUCUACUCGUUGAAAUAUACACACAUGGCUAUAAGACCAAUAUAUAGUGCAGAAAUGCGAGAACAUGGCGGUAGGAAUAGGACAAAUGAGGCUCACUGGUGUAAGAAGAGAACACACAGAUGUAAGAAGAGGAUAAAUAAAGGCUAGUUAAAAAGUCGUAAGUCACGUAUAAAAUACCACUUUUACCAGCACGUUUUGAUUGUUCUAACAGAUUCCAGAAUGUUCUAGAAAUAAAUAAGCAAAUCAAAUACUAAGUCGUG